AUGACCACUUCUACCAUCACACCCACAGUCUCCGAGAAGCCCACCAUGAACUCAACCGACUCUUCCACCAUCGAAAACGACGGCCCUCUCUUCCCCUCCACCCUCAUCUCCCCCGAAGUCAUCGCCGAACUACCAGAAAACUACACCAUCCGCCCCCUGCGCCGCUCAGACUACAACCGCGGCUACCUCGAUGUGCUGCGCGUCCUGACAACCGUCGGUGACAUCUCGGAGGACGAUUGGAACAAGCGCUAUGCGUGGAUUACCUCGCGCAACGACGAGUACUACAUGCUUGUUGUCUGUGAUGGCGAGGACCGCGUCGUCGGUACAGGCAGCUUGAUUGUCGAGCGCAAGUUCAUUCACUCGCUUGGUAUGGUCGGGCAUAUUGAGGACAUUGCCGUUGAGAAGAACCAGCAGGGCAAGAAGCUGGGUUUGAGGAUUAUUCAGGCCUUGGAUUAUGUUGCUGCCCAUGUUGGUUGCUACAAGAGCAUCCUUGACUGCUCGGAGGUCAAUGAGGGCUUCUAUGUUAAGUGUGGCUUCAAGCGUGCUGGCCUGGAAAUGGCACACUACUACUGA